AUGCUCCAUCUGUUUCACACAUCAGCAAAUCUAUCUAAAGCGUACUCGAUGGUGGUGCACCACAAGCUUCGACGGCGCCACCAAAGCUGCCUUCUGCAUUGCUGCGCCCCCGUACUUCCCCUACUUCCUAGCUUUCUCCCUCCCGCAACCCAUUCCCCCUCCCCCGACAGCUGUCCCCCCGCCCCAUUCCCCCGAUUCCUCCGCGCAACCCAUUCCCCCCACCCCGCCUGCAGUCCCCCCAUCUCCCCGGCUCCCUGCUCGCCUCACUCAACUCGAACCCUCAUAUUCUUCUUGCAGUGCUCUUUCUCAUUCUCCGAGUUACAGCAACCAGCAACCAUGAGAGCUAAGUGGAAGAAAAAGCGUAUGCGGCGGUUGAAGCGCAAAAGAAGAAAGAUGAGACAGAGAUCCAAGACUCCGAAAUUAUUCUCUGAGGGCCAGUCUCUUGUGACUGACGUCUGCGUGGGUCUUUUAUAG